CUAGCAUGUGAUCCUGCUCUUGUAUAAAAGGCGGGUUUAAACCAGGCAGGAUGUCAGUUCACACUUGGGCACUAAACAGCUGUCAUAACGAUGGGGAAGGUUAUCUUCUAUGAGGACAGGAACUUCAUGGGGCGCUCUUAUGAGUGCACCAGUGAUUGUUCCGAUAUGUUCUCUUACAUGAGCCGCUGCCACUCCUGCAGGGUGGAGAGCGGCUGCUGGAUGGUCUACGACCGCACCAACUACAUGGGAAACCAGUAUUUUAUGAGGAGGGGCGAGUACGCUGACUACAUGAACAUGUGGGGCUGGGGCAACAACUGCAUCAGGUCUUGCCGCAUGAUCCCCAUGUACAGAGGAUCCUACAGAAUGAGGAUCUAUGAGAAGGACAACUUCAUGGGACAGAUGAAUGAGGUGAUGGAUGACUGUGAUUCCUUCAUGGAUCGCUACCACUGGUCCAGCGGCUGCAUGUCCUGCAAUGUGAUGGACGGCCACUGGCUCAUGUAUGAGCAUCCCCACUACAGAGGCAGGAUGUGGUACUUCAGGCCUGGAGAGUACAGGAGCUUCAGGGACUACGGUGGCAUGAGGUUCAUGAGCAUGAGGCGUAUCAUGGACUCCUGGUACUGAAAAACCUUUCACUGAAAAUUUUGAAAUAAAAUUUCCAUAAUCAUAAAAUCA